AUGGCGUCUUCUACUGAUCUAUCGCGGGAUAGCUCGCAGGAUGGGCUAUCGCGAAAGCCCAGCCAAGAUAGCCCGCCUACGCCAUCUUCAGUAUUGUCCGCUACCGAUGUAACGACCACGGCGAGCAAAACAUUUCCUCGCCAUCAGCUUGCAGUUGAACUUUCUGGGUUGUAUUCUGAGGUUAUCGCGGCGAAGCUUUGGAAAGUAGCUGAAGAAUACUUGGAGGAUGGCAAAGCUCCAUCUCAAUACCCUGAAUGGACCCCAGAAGAUGGAGAGACUCCAGGACGUUACAUUACCAAGGAGGUCAACUUCUGGACAUGCGGCUUUUUCCCAGGGAGCAUUGAUCGCCUAGAUUUUCAUGCAAAGCUGCUCACUCUGUGUCGCACUUGGGCCGCUCCUCUUCACCAGAUGGCUAAGCGAACUAACACGCAUGACCUUGGAUUCAUAGUCCAGCCUGCUUUACGGCAAGAUUGGGAGCUGACGGGUAACUAUGACAGCCAUGCUUCUGUAAUGACCGCCGCAGGUAACUUGGCAUCUCGGUACGAUGACAGAAUGAAGGCAGUCAGGAGCUGGGAUAAAUCUGUUAGCACAAGAUAUAACAUUACGGAUAAGGACUCUAAUUUCCUCGUCAUUGUUGACAGCAUGUGCAAUAUGGAUCUCCUAUUCUAUGCUGGGCACCACUCAUCAAACCAGCGGCUGAUAGAUAUUGCCACAGACCACGCCCAUUUUGUCAGGCGGAAUUUGAUUCGAAGUAACGAUUCUACAUGGCAUGUCGUCAACUUUGAUCCUCGCGAUGGAUCUCUAAAGACAAAGCAUACCCAUCAGGGAUACAGCGACGAUUCGACAUGGUCAAGGGGCCAAGCAUGGACCAUACUGGGCUUCACGCAAACAUAUAUCUGGACAAAGGAACAGAUAUUCCUAGAUACGGCUAUCCGCCUGGCAGAGCACUUCCUUGAGCGCCUACGCAGCGCCAAACAUGCAUAUCCUUUCGUUCCCCUUUGGGACUUUGAUGCGCCCAUAGGUGAUAGACCGCUACGCGACUCCUCUGCCGGUAUGAUUGCCGCCAAUGGUCUUCUACUACUGCAUCAAAUCCUGGGAGAGGGAUCAGGCUAUCUGAAUGAUGCUUUGCGCAUCGCAAGGGAGACUAUAGAUAUGUGUCAAGCCACAGAUCCAGCACAGCUUGUCGCAGAUGCCGACUCCAAGAUCAAGGCCGAAGGAGUGACAUUUGACUGCAUCUUAAAACACGCAACAGCGAAUAAUAACGAAUAUGCUUUAGUGCGAUACAGCGAUCAUGGCUUGGUCUAUGCUGAUUAUUACUUCCUGGAGUUUGGAAACAAGUUGUUGAGAAUGGGGAUGGUUUAG